AUGUGGUCAACUACUCGGAGUGUAGCAACGCUCACUCAACACAGAAUAACACCGUCCAUCACCCGCAGACUCCUCUCUUCCAGCUCCUCAGCACAUGCAGACCAAGCCAGUACAUCUACAGAUGUACCUAGAGAUGCGCGACUAUUACGCGCCAACAUUCAGGAAGAGGAAGACCGUCUAUGGGAUAUCGAAAACGUCGAAGAAGAGGACCAACGGCACAUGAGCAGCUGGGGUUGGGAGAUCUUUCAUCAGCAAAAAGAGUUUUUCGAUCGUAUGAGGCUAUUGGAGCGCGACGUUCCACGAUUCGAAAAGUACAGGAGGCCAUUUAUACCGCCAAAUCCCAACAAGACAUCCGUUCUCGUCCGCUCAGUGACUUAUGCUGGGGAACUUCACCAUCCAGUCACGCCGAAACGAGUAAUCGUCGUACCAAUAUCGAAACUGCAACUUAGAAAUGCGGACGCGAUUCACAAUAUCAAAGUGAUCGCAGGUCCUCGUUGGUUUUUGGAGCCACCCAAGGACAGUGGACUUCCGCAAGCUACACACGAGCCUGUGUACGCGUCCAAGGCCACCUCUGCUUCGAAGGAUAUUGAAGCAGAGCAUGGAUAUGUCAAGAUAUCCUGCGAAUUGUUCCCCGAAGGUCCAAUGAACUUGAAGUGGUGUAUGGAUACACUCCGUAAAUUGGUUUCCGAGGCGAAUGCCAGGGCUACGUCCUCAUCACCAGACUCUUUUACAGAUAUCCCUCUUCCAACAAGGCAUCACGAUUCGAGAUUACGAUCACACGGACGAGGUGGAGGGAGUUAUAAAGCGGAAAGGAGAAGAGUUACGCUUGCAGACUUUCCAAAAGAAUGGCUUCCCAGUCCUCGGUGA